AUGGCGCCCGUCAAUCCGAUCAGUGCGGAGGAAACUAAGGAUGAGGACCACGAUCAUCUCCAUGAGGACCCAAUUGACGUGGAGGAAGACGAGGAGGAGGACGAUCUGGAUCCGUUGCAAAAGGAACACUUGGAACGGCACCGAGUGCUUGACCAAUUCCUGUCGCCGCUAGCCCUCGAUGAAGCGGUUCUCUAUAAGCUUGCGCGCCGGUUCUCUGGCGUAUAUCGCAAACUGGCGCUUGAGUCAGAGGAGCAGUUCUUGCCUACGCCGGUGACCAAUCUACCCACGGGGUUGGAGACCGGCCGCUAUCUGGCGAUCGAUGUCGGCGGGAGUAACCUGCGCGUCGCAUUCAUCGAGCUGCUGGGGGAAUCCGCGGACUCGGACAUUCGCUCCGGAGACGCUUCGAAUAAAUCAAGAGAUACGAUCAGGAAGGCGCAGCGACAGCGCGUGAAACGAACGUUGGAGAAAGCAUGGCCAAUCCAGGAGCAUCUUAAGAUGGAUAAAGCGGAGGACCUGUUUGCUUGGAUCGGCGACUGCAUUGCGGAAGUGGUGGCUGAAAGCCUGACCUCGGAUGCGACGAAAGGCACAAUUCCGGAAGAACUAGAGAUGGGGAUUACUUUCAGUUUCCCGAUCAUGCAAGAAUCUCUUGCGGAGGCUACCCUGAUGCCGAUGGGGAAAGGAUUUGCCAUCACCUCGGACCUCAAUCUUCGAAAGAUCUUGCUCAAUGGCUACGAGAAACACACCAAGCGCCCGGGCGAUGAAGAGGAGCCCUCAGCGAAACGCCGAAAACUCUACUCAUUGCCAAAGCUCAAGAUAUCUGCUAUCACUAAUGAUGCCGUCGCUACUCUUACUUCCCUGGCCUAUGAGGUAAAAUCACUCCCGAACAGUCGCGUCGCAAUGGGGAUCAUUGUCGGAACUGGGUGCAAUGCUACAAUCCCGAUGAAACUCGAGUCGCUGCAUGACUCCAAGGCCAGACACGUGAAGCUGAGGAAUUCGGCGGCGCAAGAGACGGUUGUCAACACGGAAUGGACUCUUUCAGGGGCCUUGCCUCCCUUGAAGGAGCUCGACAUCAUCACCAAGUGGGAUGUUGAGCUUGACAGGGCAUGCGCACGACCUGGUUUCCAGCCGUUCGAAUACAUGACUGGAGGUCGGUAUAUCGGGGAGCUGGUCCGACUCAUCAUCAUUGACUACCUCACCACGGUGUAUGGCGUGCCCGAGAAGGCCCUACCGGCAAACAUCAUUCAAGACUAUGCGCUUACGACUUCGUAUAUUUCGGACAAGGUCGCCCGUGCGCGCACAGAUCAAGAAUUGGCCGAUGAACUGGGAAGUUCUUUGUCGCCGCCUGAAGGUAGUGACUGGCGUUGGGAUGCCAUUACUGCGGGGGCCUUUCGCAAGAUUGCUCGAACUGUGCAGAGACGAUCCGCCGGACUCAUCGCAGCUGCAGUCGUAGGAUUACUGGCUUGUGCGCGAGAGAUCGAGCUCAAAGUGGAUAGCAAUGAGAAUUCGCCGCUGAAUUCCAGUGCCACUUCACCUGUGCAUAACGGCGGUUCUCAUGAAUUCACGCCACCCACGUUGGGAGUUCCAGGCACAACCCAUUCUCGAGGACCGAUUGUCCCCGUCCUUUCGCCCACGCCCACACCUGCCGACUGGCAGUCGGGGCCCGAGGAGUUAGUGGUCGCCUAUACCGGUGGAAUCAUCCAGCACUAUCCCAACUUUAAAGAGAUGUGCCAGCAAUUUAUCGAUCGUCUCAUCAUGCGCACCGGCCCACAGAAGAGCGGGAAAUCAGCCUUCUUGCGUGAGGCUUCGGACGGGGGCGUAAUCGGGGCUGGAGUCCUGGCGGGCAUGGUGGGAAACAAUCCAUCUCUUUGA